CUAGUGAGCAUAGUAGCCCUCUAAUAACAAAUCGAAGAAACAUCGCAAUAAAUGUUACUGCUUUGACAUCUUCCUAUACCGUUCGAUGAGAACAGGAAACGUAAACGGAUUUCAAUUAGCUGUUGUGUGUUUAACGCGUUUGUAUGAUUUGUAUUUACAUUGAAAAUCUAUUAUACUCUUCCACAAGAAUGCACGCUGGUACGAGAAACGAGAAGAAGAGUUGGUCUGUUGUUUAAAUAAACCAGUGAUGAACGAAACGACAGAAAAUAACGAUUUACGAGAUUCUUUAUUAUGAUAGUGCCACGAGUAGGUUAUAUCAAGAGGAUGAUAAUUGAACGAUCUCUUCCAUGUACAUAAUGAAGGAUAAUUGUAUUGGUCAUGGAUAUAAUUAAUAUAGAGGAUGUGGAAGCUAGUGUUCGUCCAUCAAAGAAUUCUUCAUCGGUACAAUGCAACUGCAUAAAUUCCAAUUCACUAUGUUACAUUGUUGUAACGGUUGCUACUUUGGCUCUUCUAGGAGCAAUAGUCUUUAUCUGCAGGGACUACAUCAAAGUAUUACUUUAUUGGAUUGAACAUCAAAACAUAUGGAUCGUCACUAUAAUAUUUAUUGCUUUGUUUACUGUGGUUUCUUUCCCUAUCGUAAUUGGUUAUUUAUUCCUUAUUAUUGCUAGUGGCUAUCUCUUUGGUAUGUUAAGAGGUAUUAUGAUGGUGAUGUUAUCUGCUAAUCUAGGAAUAGCCAUAGCACAUGUAACUCUUAGCACAUUAUCAUCAAAACUGCCAAUUGGAGCACUUUUACAAAAUGAUACUGCAAGAGCAAUACUCAGAGUUAUAUCUGGACCACAAGCUUUCAAAGUUGUACUGUUUGCAAGAUUGACUCCAAUUCCAUUUGGUCUGCAAAAUACUAUUUUUGCAGUGAGCAACAUGGGUGGCAUUCAAUAUCAUUUAGCAAGCGCAUUGGGUUUAUUACCUGCUCAAAUAAUUAACAUCUAUUUGGGUAGUAGUCUGAGAUCUAUGCAAGAUGUUCUCGAGGAUAGAUCAACAGCAGCUACUGGUUAUAUUGUCUUCUGUUUUCAGAUUCUAAUAGGUAUUUCAUUAAUGGUGUAUGUUGUGCAAAAAGCACGAAGAGAACUUCAAUUGGCAUUAUUGGAGGCAGAUCUGGCCUCAAUGGCUGAAUCAUCUCAUUAUCUUCUUGAUACAUUACCAGACUCAAAAAUAGUGUUGACAAAUUUACUUGCCUAAUGUUCACAUCCAAAUUUCAUUUCUACAGUAGGUAACUACAUGUUAUGUAUUAUGUUUUAGUAUUCCUUAUCCAAAUUCAACAUUUUUAUGAUAAUACUUUAUCACUGGACCACAUAAGUUAAUAUAAAAACUAAUGUCAUUUAAUCGUUAAAUAGAAAAACAAUUAUACAAUCAUUUUUCCGUGGAUAAUGUUAUUAUAAAAGAACUGAAUAUUUUGUGAUACAAACAGUAAUUAAGUAAUAGCUAUCGAAUUAAAUAUAGCUAAAGUUUCUAGGCAAUAACAAAGACAAAUAACGUUUCACGUUUGCAGCUUUUUUAAUGUAUGAUUAUAUAUACAUAUAUAUAUUUUGUGCCAAAUUUUAUUUCCAAAUGUAAAAAAUCUCCAUGUCUUAUGUCUUCAUUUACUAUACAGAAAUUUCGUUUUAUUUAUAUUUGUUAAUAACAUACUAUCAAUAACAUUGUAUUUUUUUACGUUUAUCUUUACAUAAUCUGUUCAAGAGCAAGUCUUCCAAAAGAUUAAUUGUCUUCAGAACAUGUUACAUAACUUGAAAGCUUGAACAUGAAAAACAGUUAAAAGUGUACACAAAACAUGGAGGUUCUGAAGCAUUGAAACUAAAAUUAUUAAAAUAAAUUUAGAGUGAAUUUACGAAUUUCUAAAUCUGAAUGAAUAGAAAAACAUUUAUUUAGAGAAAAAUUCAUUUUAAUACCUUGAUUUAUGUAUAUAUUCUACUUUCUGUGACAUGCUUAAGAUAAAAAAUGUCGAAAAUAUUUAUAUUUUUAAAAUGUAUGCAAUCGCUUGUUAUACUGAUGAAGAUGCAAAAGCUACUACAACAUAAAAUUCGGAAUGCAUUUGAUCGAGAAGACUGAAGCUAUAACAAUUGAAAAUAUCACAAAUUUUUACUUUAAUUUGUUAAUAGGUCAGCAUAUAAUUAUUUUUUAAUCUAACGUAAAUAUUGUCAUUCAUCUUCAUAAAAAUGUAGUGUAUUCUUUUCCUAAAUUAUGAAAAAUGUACAAAAGGUAAAGAAAAUGUGAAUAAUUACUAUCACUUACAAUAGUCUCGCAGUUUGCAUGCUAACUUAAGCUUAAUAGUGUCAUAAGAAACUAUAUUGUACAAAUUGUAACAUAACAUAAUUGUAAAUCUUAAUGACUACACCAAAUAAAUGGGAUUGUAUUCAU